AUGGUAAUAGAUCUGUAUUGGGAAAUGCACAAUGGCAUGGAGAGAGCUAUAAAUCAGGAAAUAAUGGCUAUAGAUAUUAAGAAUUUGCGGAUGAAAUACUAUCCAGUUGAUCAGCUACUGAUUUUCUGGGAUACAAACUAUAAAUUUAUUGAAAAGUUGAAUAAAAUUCAAAAUAUGCAGAAAUGCAUGGCUAAAAUAACCACGUGCGGGCUUGAUUCUUCGUGCAAAGAGCUUGGCUCAAUAAUUCCUAGCGUUUUAAAUGCUAUUAAGAAAUUAAUUAAAACAAUAGAAAAGAAAACCCGCAAGUUGUUUAAUGAUACUGGUCUGGAUAAAGACAGGGCAUAUAAAGAAAGUAUGCAAAAAUUACUUAACAUUCUUAAUAAUCAAAUUUUGCCUGCGCUAUCUAAAAACUCACUAGAAGACAACGAAAACUACUAUUAUUAUGAGUUAUUAGAAAGCGUUAUAAAUGAAAUUCUGCCAGAAUAUAAAAAGAUUUGGAUUAUUAUGGAGAUGAAAGAUACAACCCAAAGAAAUCAUCUUCUACUAUCUAGGCUCUUCUAUUUAAACCAGCUAGAGUGUAGUGACCAAAACCAAAUGGAAGCUGUUCUAAGAGAUUUUAUUGGCCAGGUGCAUAAUAAUAAUUAA